UCGGGAUGAGUACACGCCAUCAGGUUUCCAUUCCGGCACACCUUUCCUCAACACGACGAGUCUUAAGAAAGAACUAAGAAAAGUAAUCGAUGUUUUAAGGCAAUUCCCAAGAAAGAAGAAGAGGACAGGACAGGAGCUGGAUGAGUACCCGCAGGGAUAUGAGGAGUUUGGAGUUCCAUGUGGAAUGAAGAUAUGUUAGAAGACACCUGAGGGAGAGACUAGAUCUACAGAGACAGUGUAGAGGGGAGAGCUCAAUACAAGGUCAGCGCAUUCGCUUGGGACAUCAACGAGCAGCUGACGAUGAACGUGUCGGUGCGGUCGCUCACUGAUCCGGUGGGUAUUUUGCGCAUUGUGGCGCUCGUCCUGACCUGCAUGUCCUUUGGACUCGUGGCAUCAGUUGGGGUCACUGCGUCGGAGUCUUCCUACUGGGCCUGGUGCAUGUUUACCUGGUCCUUUUGUUGCUUUUUCACCCUCGCCAUCCUCAUCUUAGAGUUCACUACGCUCAGUGACAAGGUGCCGGUGUCCUGGGAGGACUUCACCACCGCCUUCGCCAUGCUGGCCGCCCUGAUGUGCCUGGCAGCGUCUGCCAUCUACCCCGCCUUCUUCACCUGCAGCACCUGCCCCCGGCAGAUAGGCGCCACAGUCACCUCGUGGUUCUGUUUCUUAACAUACGGCGCCGAGGUGGUGCUGACCCGCUUGCGGCCCCGCGGGCAGAUCAGCGGCUUCCUGUCCACCGUUUCAGGUCUCCUGAAGAUCCUGGAGACCUUUGUGGCCUGCAUAAUCUUCACCUCUCUGGACCCCGCAAAGUUCUCCGGGUCUCCGGGCCUGCAGUGGUGCGUGGCGGUCUACUGUAUGUGCUUCAUAUGGUCUCUGCUCAUCAUCCUGCUGACGAUUGGACGGCUGCUCUCGUACUUCCCGGUGUCCUUCGAGAUGGUGGUGACUGUGUCCAACGUGCUGGCGGCGAUGAUGUACAUGACUGCCAUGGUGAUCUGGCCCUUGUACGGCUUUCAAGGGAAUCUCAACGACAGUGCCCUGUGGAACAAGCUGCUCGUGGUCACCUUUAUGUCCAUUUUUAACUUCAUUGUCUACACCGUCGACAGUGUUUUCUCCAUACGCAUGGUGUUCUGGCCUCAAGCCUCAAGUUAGGACGGAAUACACCAUUCAUCAAACACAUGGGGGACACCUGACAUGGUACACAACCUUUGAAGGUAGUCCUCGGGCCAUGGACAUUUCUCGUUAUUUAUUCCUAAUACUAUAAUUCAAAAUACUACACAAAAAUAUUAGAUUCCUUUAGCUAUUUUAUGAAGUUGGAGCACUUUUAUUUUGAAAUGAUGCAGACAAUAGAGACACUUCGACAAUGAUUCUUUCUGCGAAUUUAUUAUCAAUAUACCAAUUAACCUUUGAAUUGAUGCAGACGACAUACCGACCGAUGAAGGUGUAUCCCAAGAACGCUGAGUGCAUUGUUAUGUUAGAACCUGAUACACCAGAACUGUUCCAUUCUGAUGCCUUGAUUUAGUUAAUACAGCUCGUCCUAAUCCAGGGUGACCAAAUCAUAUGAAUUACUUCCUGUGUGUCUUGAAAAGGAUCCAUUUAAAACCCAUUUAGUAUCAAAUAUUAACAUUUGUAUAGAAAUAGCUUGCUUGUAAAAGUUGGUAGCUAUCUACAUGCCGGUAUUCUAUUCGUUCCUUUAAUCAUAGCUUGUCUCAGUGCUUUUCAAACACUGUGAUUGAAUACAUUUGACCAAUAAAUAAAUAAUGAA